UAUUUUUAUGCAGUUAGCGAAAGUCAAAACAGUCUCCGUUGUACCAGCAUAGUUAAUUUUAAAUCACAAGUUUAGCUAAUUUAUGCUUAUAUUAUAAACAUAUAGUUAUAAGAUAAAAAGAGCAUAUUUUUGGCAGAAGAGCCGUCGAUAACUUCAUAAAAUAUUAAAUUUAAAUUAGAUUUUAUCACUUCGUCCGAGCCAUUUGUCCCCGAUUUUUAAAUGCUCUUCAGUUUUUGCGAUUUGAAUUCUCGAGAGGUUAGAGCUCUUUCGUAACAUUUGUUCGACGACUAAUUUCUGUACAUUUAGUGCUUCACUUCAAAUUUAUUACCAAACAUUAAUCAACUUUCACGAAGAAUCAGCAAGCGCCAAAUUUAAAAAUAUUAAGAAAAUUUAUCAAAAGUAGAAAUCAAUAAUAACGGGUUAGGCGUGAGAAUCCUUUUUGGGAGAGAAAUUCAAUUUAGUUGAUAUUCAGAAAUCGCAGAGAUUAGCGUGGCGAGCUUAGUCUAUAUUAUUGUAUCAAACCCUGCCAAAAAACGUCACCUGGUAAUUUAUUUCCUUUUUAUUAGACGUCACAAAUUUUUAAGCCGAAGUUUUAAGAGCACCCAAAAUAUAUUAACGAGGGAAACCCAGCGCUAGAUACGAUAUAAAUCGACAGGACUGAAAGUUGGGAACAAAGUGCGACUUUAAAAUUGGAGAUUCAAUUUGGAAAACGCGGCUCGAUAAAAUCAUUUGCUUCUUAGCCCUUCUCUCGCUAACUCAAUAUACCCCCUAACGAUGGGAUUAUAAGUUUGUGUCAUUUAUGGAUCCUUAAAAAGCGCGCCCAGAUACUCCAGAUUAGUUAAAACAACUGCGCAAUCAUACUUGGAAAAUCUCCGCUAGAGCUACCUGAAACUUCUACCUUCCUAUUCGCUACACUAGCCCCGCAGAGAGUACGUUAUAGUCACAAAUUCGGAACAGACACGAAACUAAACUGUGACAGGAUACCAAAACAAAAUAAAACAACUCUUUCCUUUUCCUCUCUCUCCUCUGGUCGCUACUAGGGAUAUCAGAAUCCAUAGAGGAGCCAGCUGACCUACUUGUACUGUAAAAACAACCCAGUUCCAAUUCAAAUCCGACAUGAUAGCAAAUUAUGAUACGGUUACAUAACUUGUUCACGUUCUGCCUUUAUCUCGCGCCCUUGCUCGGGCUGCGUAUGUUGGGAUCCCUAACGUCGGCAAUCGAUUCCAAAACCCAAGACACCAAACCCGAUGACGAAUUCGAAUUUCCUACAGCCGAUCCUGGCACUCUUAAAAGCCGCCUCACUUUCAAAUCCGGAGGACCUUUGAUACGGGAGCAAGUACCCUCCUUUGCAGGACCCGGAGAUUCCCUGAAGACACUGGGAAGUAAAGUUUUGCUGCCAGAUUUUCUCAGAAGUAUUUAUUCGAGGGCGGCAACAGAAGGAAAACUGACAACGCCAUACGACAAUGUAAACGAGAUCAAGAUAUACCCAGACAAAUCAGGUGUGGGGAAUAAAUACACUUUCUCAUUUGCAAUUACGGAGCUGGAAUCCCAUGAAAGUAUAAUUGCGAUUGAGCUGAGAUUCUUCACAAAGAGCAAUUUCUGGACCUAUGGAAAACGUCUAAUCCACGUGUACCAAGUUGUACCCUCGUUCCCCAAGCCACAAAAUUCAAAAUUUAAAAAAGAACUGCAGCACUAUUUCAGCAUAUAUUUAACUUCAGUCACAGUUAACUACUUAACGUCACAGCAACAUGUGGUAAAAAUAGACCAGUCACUGUUAAUGAGCGAAGAAACAUCAAAGAAACAGAAGGUGCGAUUGGUUCUAAGUCCCGACGAGUUGCCAGUCGGUUACAUUGAAAACACGAAUCACCACACGAACCGAGAGUUCCAUGCCAGCAUAUUUCGGAACCACGACGACGCCGAGUGGUCUCAGAGGUCACUAAUCGCAUUUUACUUAAGGGACGAGCUGAAUGUCGUGGACGCGAGUGAAGCAGUCGUAUAUCCGACAGUGCUCCCAUUGGUUGACGAAGCCAGCGAGCACAAGGGCGACUCGGAGCUGAGAACGAGACGCUCGAGUUUUGCGAGACGACCCGACAGGCCCUGUCGCCUAGUUCCGUUCAUAGCCAACUUCACUGAAAUUGGAUGGACCAAGGAGUUUGUGAUAGGACCUGAAACGUUCGAGAUGAACUUAUGCAUGGGUGACUGCCCUUGGCCAAACGACCAGAGAUUCAAUGCCACAAACCACGCCAUCAUGCAGGGCACAUUCAGUGCCUUCCAGAGCUACGCCGGCAAAGUUAAAGUUCCUCAGCCAUGCUGUGUGCCAGACAAACUAAUGCCCCUGCCCCUAUUGUACAUGGAACCCUCUCAAAACGUCAUUUUGAAGACAUUUCGCGAUAUGGUAGCCGCUCACUGUGGAUGCUACUAAUUACAUGCCAAGAUAACUAUACAAAAAAGCAUUAAAUUUGAGUCAAACCUGCCGCUUAGAAAGAGAUCUGGUUAAGAGACGUAAUGUUCUGAGGCGGAAAAGUUUUAUUUUUACCCAAUUUUGCUGCAAUUUAACAGUUUGUAAAGAUUUAAGUUCAACGUAUUCAGUUUGAAUUGUUAAUAAUGGUAGUUUAUUGAGUUAAAUAGUUUUUUCUCCA